AUGGGUCAACUCCCAAAAGAAAAAGUCAAUCCAUCAUUGGCAAACGAAAUGGUCUCAGUUGAUUAUGCUGGUCCUGUUUUCAUCAAAUCCGGAUCCAAACGAAGACCAAUUGAUCAAAAGCCGUACAUUGCUAUAUUUGUCUGCUUGCAAACCAAAUCCUGCCAUAUAGAACUAGUGUCUGAUUUAACAGCUGAAGCGUUCGUCGCAGCACUACGUCGAUUCGUGGCGAGACGAGGAAAACCACGUCAAAUUUGGAGUGACAAUGCAACAUGUUUUACUCGAGCAAAUAAAGAUCUCAAGGAUUUUUAUGACUACUUAAAGGAAGCAGAGACACAAGCGACUAUUGCCAAUUUUUGUUCUACACAAGGCAUACAGUGGAAAUUCAGCCCUCCUACAGGCCCUCAUCAUGGCUCAGUAUGGGAAAACGGUGUCAAGGCAUGCAAGUAUCAUCUCAAGAGGAUUGUUGGUGAAACCAAACUGAUUUUUGAAGAACUACGUGUCUAUGCCAAAUCGAAGCCUGCUUGAACUCUAGACCGAUUGCUGCUUCUAUCGACAGUAACGACGAUGAUGGGAUUGCUCCGUUAACUCCUGGUCAUUUUUUAAUUGGUAGACCAUUGGAAUCUCUUCCAGAUCAUCCCGAUCCAGUUAAUAAACCGAUGAAAGUACUAAAACGUUGGUACUUAUGUCAAGCCCUAGUUCAACAUUUUUGGAAAAAGUGGUAUGCCGAAUAUUUGAACUAUUUGCAACGUUUCAAUAAGUGGAAACACGAGAGAAGGAACUUAUCUAUUGGAGAUAUUGUAGUGGUCAAAGAUGAUCGUUUAUUGCCGUGCAAAUGGCCUCUCGCCAGAGUAAUAAAAGUUCAACCUGGUCCUGACAAGUUAGUGCGUGUAGUAACUCUGCAGACUAAGCAAGGAACUUGUGUCAGACCCAUAGUAAAG